AUGUCCGGAAUCAAAGUCAUAUUCGGCGGAGCGGGAAUCAACCCAGGCAGUCCAUUCGGGGACAUUCCCACUCUCCAAGCAACGUUCGACAAAUUGGAAGCCGCAGGCGUAAAAACCAUCGACACGUCCAACAUCUACGGCGCCAGCGAGAGCAUCCUCGGCGAGGCCGGAGCAGCGAGUCGCUUCACAUUGGACACCAAAACGGCAGGAGGUUUCCACUCGCAAGGAAUUGGAGGCACGCGAGCAGCCAUUCUCGAGCAAGCGCAAAACAGCAGAAACAAGCUCGGCGGCCCCGUCGAUGUCUUCUUCAUCCAUGCACCGGAUGCGAACGCGCCUUUGGAGGAGACCCUCUCUGCCAUCAAUGAAGUUUAUCAAACCGGUUUCUUUAAGAGAUUUGGUCUGUCGAAUUAUGAAGCUGCGGAUGUAGAGAAGGUGUACAAUAUUUGCAAGGAGAAAGGCUAUCCUCUCCCGCAAGUCUACCAGGGAAACUACAGCGCCGCAGCCCGCAAACAAGAAUCCGUCCUCUUCCCCACCCUGCGCAAACUCAACAUGUCCUUCUACGCCUACAGUCCGCUAGCAGGCGGUUUCCUAACCAAAACGCGCUCCGACAUUGCCCAAGGGGCAGGACGAUUCAACGCGUCAGCCUUUGGGGGAAUCUACCACAACAUGUUCUCGGCCAAAGCAUCCUAUGUGGAUGCAUUGGAGCAGUGGGCGAGUAUUGCGCAAGAGGAAAAGACGACGCCGGCGAGUUUGGCGUAUCGAUGGGUGAGAUAUAAUUCGUCGUUGAAAGCGGAAUUGGGGGAUGCCUUGUUGAUUGGGGCGUCGAGUGUCAAGCAGUUGGAGGAGACGUUGGAGGAGAUUGGAAAGGGCCCGUUGAGUGCGAGGGCGGUGGAGAGGAUUGAUCAGAUGUGGGAGACGAUUAAGCAUGAGGCGCCUUUGGACCCUCUGCACCAGUGAGCUGGGGAAAUUUUUCAUGAGCUUGCUACCAAAAGGGGCUUGUGUCUCUUGGGAAAAGGGGCUCCAUAUACAGUAUACGCGAUGAAAGGGGGGGUAUC